AAAAUCGAGGUGCAAAAGGAAACUUUUUUUUAUAUUAUUAUGCCAAAAAGGAUCGGACUUCAGAGGAAAUUCGACGACUUUUUGCCAUUAUAAGCCGAGGAAUUCGCCCGUCUCUUUAGGUCCCUCAAAAUCUUCGUUUUUUUUUGUUCGCGUCUUGUUAUAAACCGAUGGCGAUGGGAGACCGCAAGAAGAUGAUCAUCGACACUGAUCCAGGCAUCGAUGAUGCAAUGGCGAUAUUUGUGGCUCUGAGAUCGCCGGAAGUAGAUGUGAUCGGUCUCACUACAAUCUACGGCAAUGUGUACACCACUCUCGCCACCCGAAAUGCCUUACAUUUGUUGGAGGCUGCGGACAGGACUGACAUUCCAGUGUCUGAAGGAACUCAUACCACUAUCACUAAUGGUACGAAACUCCGGAUCGCUGAUUUUGUUCAUGGCACGGACGGGCUAGGCAAUCAAAAUUUCCCUCCACCUAAAGGAAAACCAAUCGAAAAAUCAGCACCUGAGUAUUUGGUCGAACAAGCAAAGCUUCACCCCGGGGAAAUCACCAUUGUUGCAUUGGGCCCGCUGUCUAAUAUUGCACUGGCUAUUCAGCUUGAUCCAGAGUUUUCGAAAAAUGUUGGACAGAUUGUUCUUCUUGGUGGAGCAUUUGCAGUAAAUGGAAAUGUAAAUCCAGCGGCAGAAGCCAAUAUUUUCGGUGAUCCAGAAGCUGCGGAUAUGGUAUUCACAAGUGGAGCUGAUAUCAUUGCUAUCGGGAUCAAUGUGACCCAUCAAGUCGUUAUGACAGCUGAUGACCGGGACAAAUUGGCAUCAUCAAACGGGAAAUUAGCGCAAUACCUCUGUAGAAUUCUUGACGUGUACUAUGCUUACCAUCUCGAGGCUUACAAUAUCAGAGGUGUCUAUCUGCACGACCCGACAACAAUUCUUGCAGCAUUCCUUCCUUCUCUGUUCACUUACACCACCGGAGUUGUCAGAGUGCAGACAAAUGGCAUCACGAGAGGGCUGACGUUGCUGUAUAACAAGCAAAAGAGGUUUGGUGAAGUGGACGAGUGGUCGGACAAACCGUCGGUGAAAGUGGCGGUCACGGUGGAUGCUCCUGCUGUUUUGGAACUCAUCAUGGAAAGGCUUAUGGAUUCAUGAAUCAGGU